AUGGGGAUGGGGGACAAGACAGAAAAAACAAACAGUCCCAAGCAAGAAUCUUCCCUCUACAAAGGCUUAAAGUGGAUGUCCGGUCCUAGCUCGCCCCCCAGGAUCACUUCCCAUGACAUCACUGUGCAGCAGCCGGCCUUCAACCAAUCAGGAGAGUGCCCCCCCAGCUCGAAGGACUUCAGAGAGAUGCAGUGUGCUGCCUUCAAUGACCGACCGUUAGUGGCUGGAACCUCCUUCAGAUGGACCACCUUUCAUGGAGGCUCUAACCCCUGUGAACUGAGCUGCCUGGCCCUGGGUCACAACUUCUACUACAACUUUGGCCGUGUGCUCGAUGGCACGGCCUGCGCCAAGGAGCCUGGAGCUGUGUGUGUCAACGGGCGCUGCCUGACGCCCGGCUGUGACUCCAUCUUGGGCUCAAAGCAGCAGGAGGACGCUUGCAUGGUGUGUGGAGGACAAAACACCACCUGCAUGCACCACAAGAGCGUGUACCAGAGCAACGGUCUGGAGGCAGGCGGACCUUUUGGAUACAACGAAGUGACCAUGAUCCCAGCUGGAGCUACUCACAUCCGAGUCACUGAUAACAGCAGGAAUUAUCUAGCACUCCAGAAUGGUCACUCCCAGUUUGUGAUCAACGGUAACUGGAAGAUCAGCAUUCCGGGCGAGUACAAUGUAGCCGGGACGAAACUGGUGUACCGGCGCUCUGCAGACACCUGGGAGAGCUUCGAGGUACCGGGACCCACCCAGGAAGACCUCCAUCUCAUGGUGCUGGCUACAGACAGAAACCCGGGGAUCGAAUAUGAGUACUGGCUCCCACCAGGUCAAUACGCCCUCCACCAUGGGAGGAGGAGUCCACUGCGCCAAGCUCACCACACUGACAACUACCUCCCCUGGGAUCAACCAAUCACCACAACCACAACUACCACCACCACCCGGGCUUCCCCUGUCACUACCCGGGAUUCCCCUGUCACCACCCGAACACAUUGGAUUUCAAGACAUUUGAAGCCACCUCGCCAAUCUCCCCACCACAACCGUCGCCAGCCCCCCCACCAGCCCCGCCUGGAGAGAGAGGAGAACCACAGAAACCUCCUUCCUCAGCCUUCACCAGGAAGACAUUGUGGGAAAUGUCAUCGAAUUAAAGGUAGAAGGGAACGCCAAAGACAGUAUUGCCAGAAGGACUUUGUUUUCCGUGCCCGGGUGCUCGGAAAGCUGUACCGAGGCCAGGAGACGCGGUAUGACGUCCAGAUCCUCCACACCUACCGCAACGGCUUCCGCCUGGAGCACCGGGAGUUCUUGUGGGUCCCUAACGUGUGUGACUGCCCCCACCUGGAGGAGGGAAAACAGUACAUACUGAUGGUGCGCCGCCACAUCAACCACGAGGAGACACUGAACCGCAUCCUGCUGGAGGAGGAGAGCUACAUUGUGCCGUACAGACCCCGAGAGGAAGAACUGCUGCGACCCCUCGAAAGACUCUGCAACAACAGAGGAGCCAAACACCCAGCAGAACGGAUGGGAUGAGAGUGGAGCCGCAAUGUGUUUGAGUGUGUGUGUGUGUGUGUGUGUGUGUGUGUGUGUGUGUGUGU